CUGUGGGUCACAUAGCAUAUCACCAUAUUCUUAAUAUCUAUUUGCUUCUAUCUUGUCAAAUCUAUGCCUCUAUCUGUCACUCCUUUCCUUUUUACAAAACUGUAUUCUUCUUCUGAUGCUCUUUCACAUGCACUCUAUCUUUCGUUUCCCCGCCUCAACAAACCACAGCCUGCGGUCCUGUCCUUCCUUAUUUAUUAAAGACUCCACACCCUCCUCUAUGUUUCCUGUCUUGUUCAGGUACAUCAUUUAAAGGCUGCACCCCUGAAAUGCUUCUGGAUAGAAAAAAACAGACCAUCUUCAACAUUAAAGUGUAUAUGUGAUAAGGUAGAAUGUCUUUUCUGUCAACCACACUCCUCUUGUGUGUGUUGAUAUCCUGUGCCAUUGCUUACAAGCAUCCUCUUCUGGGUGGAGCCCUUUUGACUGAUGAUGAUGAUAACCCAUUAGACAAACCUAAUAACCCUCCUUUUGGCAUUAGCUACAAGUGGGAAUGGCAAUCACAGGCCACAUUGGAUGAUGGAACCAUCAUGUCACCUCGCUUCAGAAGAGAAAUUAUAGAUAAGAAGCUUAUUAAGGGGGAUGUGAAGCCAGAUGAAAAAAUUCUACCAAAAGUUAAAUCAACUAAACCACCACUGAAAGAUCCCCCUGAUAGAAACUCAUACAUUCUGAAAGCAACCAGUGCUGCCUUUACAAAAGCCAAAAGCAUGCCUCUAUUUGAAGAAGAUGAAACCACCCCUUUAACUGAUCUAGAGCAUACUACAAAGGCCUCUGGACAGACACUCAGUGAAGAUGAAACCACUGAAGGAGGUGUCAAGCCAGAGGAAAAAAUUCUACCAAAAGUUAAUCCAACUGAACCACCACUGGAAGAGCUUUCUGAUACUACCCCAUACCUUCUGGAGACAUCUAGUGCUUCUCUUAAAAAAGCAAAGAGUAUGUCUCUAACAAAUGAAGAUGAAACCACUCCUUUAACUGAUUUAAAGCAAACAACAAAGGGAGCUGGACAGACACUUGACGAAGAUGAAACCACCCAUGUGGAAAAAUCUGUUACACAGUCCAAAACAUUACACUCUACCACAUCCGAAGAGUUCUCUGUUUUACCAAACAAUACAUAUAAAAAAGCCACCACAGUAAAACAAGUUGAUUCCACAAGUAACCAGCAGACUAGCACCAAUGAUAAACUGCUGGAGGAUAUCACAUCUAGCUUUUCCCUGAAAGCAGCAGAGACCUCCCCAACCUUAUCACCAGUCACCUCUCAUGAUCAAACUUCUGGACAUGACGUCACCACUGUACGGUUUUUGGCUUCCCCUGGUUACUCUUCAAAGCCUGCAGCUGUAACACAUACAACUACAUCUUCAGAAGAUAAGGUACAAGUACAGUCUAUAAUGAGACAGUGCAUGAUUACUAUCUUAAUUCUUGCAGUUAUAUGCACCAUCUUUAUUAUAUCAACUAUCGCACUAGCUGCCAAACUUUCUACUAUAAGACAAAAAAACAAGCUACGUCUCCCAGUCUCCUACACAGAAAUGAGUUGUAUUUCUACUCUAAUGCCAGAUGGUGACCAUCAGAACAAACCCCAGGAUAAAAGACUGAAGACUUUUGCUGCCACCUUGGAGGAGAGUGUUGGAGAUAACACCACCCUCCACAGCUUUCUUCCUGAUCAUUAGUUCAACAACGCUAUAUGAUAUAAGAAACGAUACUUCCCAUCUACUAGGGAACACCAUUAGUGCCACUAAGGAAAGAAGGACUGCAUUUCAGAAGUAUGGUAGUUAGGUUUUUCUAUUCAUAAAUUAGUUGUAACAGAUGAGCUUUCCUUUAAUAAAUUGAUACGAUCAAUGCCAUGUAGUGGCAAGGGGUUAUGCUUGGACCUUUUCCUUGAAAUAUGAUAUUUCAGAUGUGGAGAAGACCAGAUUCCAAAUAUUAUCCAGUAAAGUAAGUAGAAAUAGUUUUUUUGCUGGAUUUGCAUUUUUUGAGGAGAACAAAAACUGAAAAGUGAACUUUGGAGAAGUGUAGUAGGUAAGAUGAAUGCAAUCAAUGUGUUUAAAAGCCAUGUGCAGCCAAGUAUUACUUUAUUUAUUUUACAUGUGAAAUAUCCUACAGCUUCUAUGUAGAGUUAUGUGUCUCCAUGGUAACAGACUACAAGUUAAACCCUGUGGGUAGUCAGAUCCUACAGUAAUGUAUUACACGUUCGCAUUGUUAAUUUGUAGUCUGUAACCAUGGAGACACAUUGUUUGCCUAGCGGCUCUAGAUAUUUUUAAUCAAGAUUAUUGGAAAUGUUAAUUCAGUUUUUAUUUUAGAUGCAUUUGGGUAAUAAAAAUGCUUGGUAAAGUGCCCAUAGACUUUAUAAAUAAGCCCUUGCUUUUGUCCUUUCCAUCCACCCAAAUGUAUGCAGCAAAGGUCCAUAAACUCUAGUGUGACAGAUGGGGAGUAGAUGAUUAAGGCUUCAUUCACAUCAGCGUUCAGCCUUUCCGUUCUCCUGCUCCGUUAUAGGACCAGGAGAACAAAAAGGACGGAUUCGGCACAUAACUGAGCCAAACGGAAACUAAGGACCCCAUAGACCAGUGGUGGCGAAACUAUGGCACGGGUGGCAGAGGCGGCACUCUGAGCCCUCUCUGUGGGCACCCGCACCCAGGAAAAAGUCUAUGGUGUACCAAUAUGCCUUAGACUUUUCCUGCCAUUCAUCAGCGCAGGGCGCUCUAUGAACAGCACAGGCAGCGCACUG